AUCAUUUAUAUCGUUCACAUUUUGUCACCAACAAUCACAUGGCUUGGUUAUGGCGCGCGAGUGCCAAAUUCUCUCUCGUUGCCUCCGCCGCGGGCGGUGGCGUCACGGCGGCACUCAUUGCCUCCUCCGACGACCCCAAAGCAGCGCUCAAACUCUGCACCACCGUCCCCCAUCGCCUCUUCCGCGACGCCGUCACGGCCGCCAACAUUGCUUUCGAUUAUGAAUAUUCACUGUGGGGACUCGCGGAAGGGAGUAGUGAGAGGGAGAGAAUCAAACGUGAAGUUCACCUCCGGUCAGCGCGAAAACUUCAAGAACUUUGUUUUAAGAAUGGAGGGAUUUAUAUAAAGCUUGGACAGCAUCUUGGACAGUUGGAAUAUUUAGUUCCUGAGGAAUAUGUUCGGACAAUGAGGGAGUCUAUGCUAAAUAAAUGUCCAGUUUCUUCAUAUGAACAAAUAUGCAGCGUCUUCAAGAAAGAGCUUGGAGACACCCCGGAUAAAAUAUUUUCUGAGUUUGAUCCAGUCCCUAUAGCAAGUGCUUCCCUUGCACAAGUUCAUGUAGCUCGCAUGCAUGACGGCCAAAAAGUUGCUGUGAAGGUUCAGCAUACACACAUGACUGAUACUGCAGCUUCUGAUCAUGCUACUGUGGAAUUGAUUGUGAACACAUUGCACAGAUUUUUCCCCAGUUUUGAUUACAGGUGGUUGAUUGAUGAGAUUAGUGAAAGUUUGCCCAAGGAAUUGGAUUUUUUAACCGAGGCAAAGAACAGUGAGAAGUGUUUGGAGAACUUUCACAAGUUGUCGCCUCAUAUUGCAAAUUAUGUAUAUGCACCAAAAGUGUAUUGGAAUCUGAGUACCUCAAAGCUGCUAACAAUGGAAUUCAUGGAAGGUGCUUAUGUAAAUGAUGUGAAGACCAUUCAGAAGCUUGGGAUCAACCCGCAUGAACUUUCAAUAUUGGUUAGCCAUGCUUUUGCGGAAAUGAUGUUCAAACAUGGGUUUGUGCAUUGUGAUCCACAUGCUGCUAACUUAUUGGUUCGCCCAUUGCCUUCCAGCAAAGCUAGCAUUUUGGGCAAGAGAAGACCACAGUUGGUCCUUUUAGACCAUGGACUCUAUAAAGAGCUUGACGUCCAAACAAGAACUAAUUAUGCUUCACUAUGGAAGGCAUUGAUAUUUUCUGAUGCUAAUGCAAUCAAGGAAUACAGUACAAAGUUGGGUGCUGGGGAGGAUUUAUAUGCACUUUUUGCUGGAGUUCUAACUAUGAGACCGUGGAAUAGAGUUGUUGAUCCAUCUAUGGAUCAUUUAGUUAUACAGGGAAAUGAGAGUGAUCGAUUAGAACUGCAGAUGUAUGCUUCUCAAUAUUUCCAUGAAAUCUCAGAGCUUCUUAGGAGAUUACCUCGUGUGAUUCUUCUAAUGAUGAAGACAAAUGACUGUUUACGGGCGGUCAACAAUUCUCUGGUACAGGGAUCAUCUAUGGAGACAUUUUUUAUCAUUGGAAAAGUUUCUUCUGAGGCUGUCAUCGAGGCAAAGUUGUUGCAAAGCAGAUCACUUUUAACUUGGUUAAACGUUGAAUUGAAUAAGAUUUUGCUGGAAGUACGACUUUGGGGAAUGCAAGUUGCCUUGUGGCUUUUACAACUUAGAAAGGCUUUGUCUUGGUCUAACCAAGCAUUGUAGAAGAAUUAAUCUGCCUCAUUAUUUGCUACAUUUUAUUCUUUUGGGAAAUAAGCUCUUAUAUUCUUUGUCUCCGUGGUCAGAAUUUUCUUUUUGUUUGAGCACGGAUUGACGAAUUGAUUUUUAGUAUGUUCGGUUUUCUGUUUGGAAUCUCAAAAUCAUGUUUGAACAAAUGGCACAAGAGAGACACUCUUUUGCUCAAGUCAUGAUUUUUAGACAUGCCUAACAGAAACUAAACAUGUAGUUUUUAGGGUAAAGGGAAAGGAAAGGAGCAAGUCAUGCCUUUAUAUUAGUGUGUACGCGUUAUAAUAUUCAUGUAUUUGGUGAAGCAGAAUGUUGUUGUAAACCCCCCCAUUAAUAUAUGGGAAUAGUGUACUGAGAAAUAUAGACUACUUUUGAGUUUUGACACCAAUAUCAAUGGUUGCAAGUGUAAUUUUUUACACUUUGAUGAUUCGGGU